AAUAAACAAAGAAAUGAAUGAAUGAAUGUAGUUUUCUAUCAUUUUAAACAAUUGACUAUUUUUUGAAAUGUCCUCAAUUAGUUUUUAGUGAUGCUAUAAAAUGAAUAAAUAAUUAAAGAAAAUAAAGUGAUUUAGUGGUAAAGCACACUAUUAAUGCAGCAGCAGAACACAUAUGCUGUAUAGAAAAAGAUCCCAGCUUGUGUCCUUCACUAUAAAGUUCCUGGAUAGCAAGUAUCAGUCAGCGCAGGCAGUAGGGAAAUAAAUGUUGACAGUAAAAAAAGGUUACAUUAGCUCAAAUAAGCAUGUCUAAUAACUGAACAUUCAAGAAUUCAGACUCCCCAUCUGUUCAACCAUUCUGUGGUUCUUGGUGCUCUUUGAGCUUGGUGGGUUUUUUGCAGACAUUUUGUUAAUGUUACCUAGUUUGGCAAUAAAACGUCUGCAGGAAAACCACCAAGCUCAGAGAACACCAAGACUCCACUGGUGUUUAACCCUGAGUUUAAUCCUGAGCCACAAGUAUUCUUUUUUAUCAAUUCUGUGGUUCAACCAAUUCUAUUUCUUGACUCUGUCCAAAUGUCUUUCUUUCCCCAUCAUUCAGCAACAUUUACAUUUAGUCAAACUAUUUAUCGUGUGAAAAAUUCAUAAACUCUUCUGUAGGUUUGUUUUUAUUUUGUUUUGUUUUGUUUGAAAAUAUACUUAUAGGUGAAAGAAUGUAGUGAUCUGGACUGAAGUCUUGAGAUGGAGUAGAUGGGGGAGGUGUUAACCAUUUUUCCUUUCUGCAUUCUUUGAAUGUCUGUAAUAUUUCUGCUCUAUGCCUCUUCCCCUCAUCUGUUUAUCUUUCCAUUUUCCUCAUAAUACUUCCUUUAGUCUCUCUGUCACCACUUCUCUGUUUUCAGCUGUCAGCAUAUAAGGGCAUCCCAUCAACUUAGCUAAAAGAUAAGAAUAAAUGGGUUUUGCAAGCAAUGAGCAGGUGACACCAGGUUUUAGAAUAGAAAAGAUUUUCUGAGACAGUGUAUAAAAUACAAUCUGUUUCUAUAUAUACUGCUUUAAGUAUACAACUGGUAUUUUUUAUAUAAUGAACAGUAAAAUGGUUCAAUAGUAUUUUUUUCUUUCAUAUAUUACAUUGUUAGCGUUAUUGGGAUAUAUGUGUACAACAAAUAAGAUAUAUAAUAAAUGUAAUAAUCUUUGGAUAUUUUUGCCAUGGUGAUCAGUAACUCCUCAGUAUUCCUCACCAUGUUUUUCUGAAUGCUGAUGCUUUUGGGUAGGAAUUAAUUUUUUUUCCUCACCUUUUGUCAGUGGCAGACAGCUGACAUGUUAUAUUCCCACAUGGCAGCAGAUCACUCAACUUGUAUUCAAAACCAUUAGCCAAUGAGAUGAGAGGAGCACAGCUGGUGGCAGGACUGCACUGCACAAAAAGCUGAUUGGCAGUAGGAACAUACUGAUGGCCAGCAACAGCAUAAAGCAUUUGGCCAACUUGAGACAUGAUGAAAAAACCGCAACCCACUCCAAAAUUCUCUUGCUUAUAAACAUACUUGAAUCAAGUUAUUUAUAUUUUUAACACAAAGAUGAUUUUCCCAAUACAUCUCUUAUCUUGGGGGGAGGGGGAAGAAUAACAUGUGUUUCCCCAUGAGGCAAAGAGCAGUCCUUCUCUAGAAACAUCUCUGGCAAAUCCAAGAGGAAAACAUAAUUUGAUAUCAAACAGUCGACCUAUUUACAACACUCAUACUGACUUGCUGACUGUUACAUGAGGCAUCUUGAUUUCCCACAGCAGUUUCCUUGCCUCAGGGCUAGAAUAGGUUUUUAUAUAGAUUUACCAUUGUGAAUUAUAAUAUAUUGGUUGAUUGGCUUAUUUUAUCAAGCAGUAUUUUUAUACUUCAUUAUACAAUAUACUGAUCCAUAAGAAAUAAUACAACAGGCAAGCGUACAGUUAUGAAUGCUUCUUCUGAGAUCAAAUUUUCUAAAUUUCACCAAAUUGGGCUGGACAUUUGUCAUAGCUACUCUCUCAACUUAUUUCUCAUAAUAAAGUUAAUCAGUAAACCAUGUAACCUCUGCCCUACUAUUUCCUUGGCUGGUCUCAGAGGAAGUUUUAUGUAUCAUUUGUGAUUAGGGUUUUGGAAGUUAAGGAAGCAGAAGAGAAACUAUAUUACAACAUUUUCAGAAACUCUACUUAAAUUGUUAAAUUGGUUUGCUCUUAAAAGACCAAUCUUCUCCUUCCUGGUGUCCUCCAGAUGUAUUAGACUACAGCUGUCAUCUUGCCCCAGUCAGCAUAGUUGUGUCUGACUCUAGGGGGUGGUGCUCAUCUCCGUUUCUUAGCCAAGGGAGUCAGUGAAGAGACCUCCAUGGUCAUGUGGCCAGCAGACUAUAUGCCAAGGCAUCCAGAAUGCUGUUCCUUCCCACCUAAGUGGUAUACAUCCGGAUCCAAUGAUUUCUGCAGCGAAAGAUACUGAUGUGUCAUCCUACUCACAGUACAACACUAUGCAUUUUUGCCCAAUGCAGCCUCCAAUCUCUUUACCAUCUUAUUAUUCAAGUUUUAAUCUUUAUCCUCAACAAUCUGAAGAAUGGCACUCCCCUGUAAUGUACGAACUUGGAAAAAUGCCUUCUAAUCAUUUACAAACCAAGGAGACAGAUCUGGUAGAUAUUCCUAUAGCCAAGAAGUCUCGGAUGGGUCUACUCUCUGGAAGAACAAAAGAUAAGGAGCUGUGUGUUGUCUGUGGUGACAAGGCCUCUGGGUACCAUUAUAAUGCCCUGACAUGUGAAGGCUGCAAAGGUUUCUUCAGAAGGAGUAUCACUAAAAAUGCUGAAUACAAGUGUAAAAAUGGAGGAAACUGUGAGAUGGACAUGUAUAUGAGGAGAAAGUGUCAGAAGUGCCGUCUACAAAAGUGCAAGGCAGUUGGAAUGCUGGCAGAAUGUUUGUUAACUGAAAUCCAAUGCAAGUCAAAACGACUAAGAAAAAAUCUAUCACAGCGCCCAGAUGAGACUAUUAGUGAAGAUCUCGAGAAACCUGACCUGAAGGAAGUGUCAUCUACAACUAAAUUCUAUAAGGUGAAAGUAAAAUUAAGCCCAGAACAACAAAAUCUUCUUUGUUAUAUAAUGGAUUCCUAUAAUAAACAGCAGAUUCCUCCUGAAGUUACCAAAAAGCUCUUACAAGAGGACUUCAGUGCAGAAGAAAAUUUUCUUGUUUUAACAGAAAUGGCCACUAGCCAUGUUAAAAUGCUUGUGGAGUUCACUAAAAGAUUACCAGGUUUUCAAAUCCUGGAUCAUGAAGAUCAAAUUGCUUUGCUAAAAGGUUCAGCAGUAGAAGCUAUGUUCCUUCGAUCAGCUGAAAUUUUUAACAGGAAACUUCCUAGAGGACAUGCUGAUCUCUUAGAAGAAAGAAUUCGCAACAGUGGUAUCUCAGAUGAAUACAUAACACCUAUGUUUCAUUUUUAUAAAAGUAUUGGGGAACUCAAGAUGACACAAGAAGAAUAUGCUCUGCUUACAGCAAUCGUUAUCUUAUCACCAGAUCGGCAAUACAUAAAGGAUAGAGAUUCUGUUGAACGGCUUCAAGAGCCUCUGCUUGAAGUUCUGCAAACAUUCUGCAAGCUUCAUCACACAGAUAGUCCUCAACAUUUUGCUUGUCUCCUCGGUCGUCUUACAGAAUUACGGACUUUUAACCACCAUCAUGCAGAUAUGUUGAUGUCAUGGAGAGUUAACAAUCACAAAUUCACACCUCUUCUUUGUGAAAUAUGGGAUGUGCAGUGAUAAACCUGGACUUUACUGGAUCCUAAACUAAGUUAGCUGGGACAAUAGACUUGAAUCCAUAACAUCAGUGUAUUCAUUCAGAGUUUUUGUAUUGUAAAUAUUCUCUUAAAGCACUUAAAAUAAUUCAUAGUAAAUCAUUUUCAUUGAAGUUUACAUUUGUGUCUGUUUACAUAGAAUAUUUGCCAUGGUUCUUAAAUUCCUUGAAACAAAAGUACAUUUCUACUUGCCUGAAGCAAGUUCCUGUUAUUUCUUUUGAAAUUAAAAUGAU